AUGAGUGCAUCAGCAGAGCAGAAACGCAAAAUAGAGGAGAAUAGGGCGCGGGUGUUGGAAAGACUACAAAAGAAGAGAUUAGGCAAUGAGUCACCCAAAGUAGACAAGACCCUGAAAUCAGCAGCAGCAGCAACAACGCAUGAAGCUAAUAGAGAUUCACCAAAAAGACCAUUAAGCCAAAUACUAGAUCUGCCAACCAAUGCAUUCAAAUCCAAAUUUAUAGAUUUUGAAUUUGAUGGGUCAGUCAAGAGAUCAAAAACACAAGAGCAAAUCGAAAAGGUAGAGCAGAAUAGACUUAGAGCAAUAGAAAUACAAAACAGACUACGAGAUCGGAAAGAGAAUAAUAGCAAGCAGGCUCCUAGUGCCGAAGUUACUUAUGGACCAACGACUGAUUUAGAAAAGAUUCGAUUAAAUAAAAAUAACCCUGAUUCUGUAUUUGAUUCCCGCAAGGGGAAGUUCCAACCACCACCUAUUAAAAAGAAGGAUUAUAUUGAAUAUGAUUUUGCCACUAUGCAAGACACCAAAGGUGGGUUUAUCCAUGAUGAAGAUCGGCCACGAGUUGACGACGAAACCUUACAGGAGUGGAAAGAUAAGCAAAAGGAAUUAGAACAGUUGAAAAAAGCUGCACCACCAAUUGACAUUGACACUGCACCCAAAUGCUAUGAAUGUGGAUCACUUGAUAUCGAUUUGAACUUGUAUACAAAUUUCCGCAAAGUUCGUGCAUGUCGACUGUGUAUUAAAAAAAUGCCAGAGAAAUAUUCCCUACUAGUGAAAACUGAAUGUAAAGAAGAUUAUCUCCUAACAGAACCUGAAUUACAAGAUUUAUCUUUACUCCCAAGAAUAGAAAAACCAAAUCCUCACGGAUACAGUCGUAUGCAGCUAUUUCUACGAUUUCAAGUCGAAGAAUUUGCAUUUAAAAAAUGGGGAUCAUCCGAAGGAUUAGAUAUGGAAUGGGAAAGACGUGAACAAAAUAAAUUAAAGAGAAAGGAAAAGAAAUAUCAAGAUGCAUUACGUGAAAUGCGGAAAAAGACUAGAGCUGAAGAAUUUACUAGAAAACUAAGACAUGGCAAGUCAUUGAACGAAAGACACGUACACGAUUGGGCUGCACCAGUAAAAUUACUGAAUAAUAUGAUAAAGAAACGAUGUAUCGAAUGCGGAAUAGAGAUGGAAGAAGUUGUAAUUUAG